AUGAGGGGCGCUCCAAUCGUUCUGCUCUACGCCGCGACCCUGGCGUCGGGCAUAGUCAUUGCUCCCAGAAACCCUGGUGAGGCUCAUCUUGCCGUCCGUGGCGGUGGUGAAGAUCACAACGGCGGUGACCCUUGGUGGGGCGGUGAUCAUGGAGGUGAUGGAGACGACGGAGAUCAUGAUGGCUUUGACGGCGGCCACGGCGGUGGUGGUCACGGCGGUGGUGGUGGUCAUGGCGGCGGCGGCGGUGGUCACGGCGGCGGUGGUCACGGAGGUGGUGGCCAUGGUGGUGGCCCACCAGGAGAGACUACUCCAUGCGAGACUGAAACGGCUCCUGUUGAGACUCACCCGCCUGUCGAGCCCACUACUCCAUGCGAGACUGACACGACCACCACUCCUCCCCCGGCGUCUACUACUCCCUGCGAGACCGAUAUAACUACCACUCCUCCCCCGCCUGUCGAGACCACCACUCCUCCCCCGCCUGUUGAGACCACCACUCCUCACCCGCCUGUCGAGCCCACUACUCCAUGCGAGACUGACACGACCACCACUCCUCCCCCGCCUGUCGAGACCACCACUCCUCACCCGCCUGUCGAGCCCACUACUCCCUGCGAGACUGAUACGACCACUACUCCUCCCCCGCCUGUCGAGACCACCACUCCUCCCCCGCCUGUUGAGACCACUACUCCAUGCGAGACUGACACGACCACCACUCCUCCCCCGGCGUCUACUACUCCCUGCGAGACUGAUACGACCACUACUCCUCCCCCGCCUACCACUACUCCAUGCGAGACUGAUACGACCACCACUCCUCCCCCGGCGUCCACUACUCCCUGCGAGACUGAUACCGAGACUCCCCCUCCGGCGACCACUACUCCUUGCGAGACCGAUACUGAAACCCCCCCUCCGGCGACUACUACUCCUUGCGAGACCGAUACUGAAACCCCCCCUCCGGCGACUACUACUCCUUGCGAGACCGAUACCGAGACUCCUCCUCCGGCGACUACUACUCCUUGCGAGACCGAUACCGAGACUCCUCCUCCGGCGACCACUACCCCUUGCGAGACUGAUACCGAGACUCCUCCUCCGGCGACUACAACCCCACCUCCUCCCACCUUGCCCCUCCCUACCACUCCUUGGGAGACCGAAACUAGUACUCCGCCUCCGGUUAUUGUGACUACUACAUUCACCACCACCACUUGCCCAGUGACCUGGACUACUGUCACAAGCGGCUCGUCAACCUACACCCACCCGGUGACCCAGACUAGCACGAUUACCGUGACGUCUAUCUCCACCUGUACUGAGGGUUGCGUUCCCCCUGGCAUGGUCACGAUCCUCCCUAUUAUGCCAACUUCUACUCCCGUUGUUCCCACAACUUCUGUCGUGGAGCCUUCUGCUACUGAGCCUGCUGCUACUGAGCCCGCUGCUACUGAGCCCGCUGCUACUGAGCCCGCUGCUACUGAGCCCGCUGCCACUGAGCCCGCUGCUACUGAGCCCGCUGCUACUGAGCCCGCUGCCACUGAGCCCGCUGCUACUGAGCCCGCUGCUACUGAGCCCGCUGCUACUGAGCCCGCCACAGAAGAGCCCAACCCCAUCCCUUCUUCAACCUCCGCUCCUCCUGCUUCCUCCUCGCCUGUCUUUAACAGCGCCCCAACUCUCCAGAAGUCUGCAGCGGCCUUCAUUCCUGGCCUCGCUCUUUUGUUUGCUCUGUUCUAA